GUAACAUUAGUUGCAAGGGGAUGACAGAGCGCAUUCACAGCAUCAAUCUCCACAACUUCAGCAAUUCUGUGCUCGAGACCCUCAACGAGCAACGCAACCGUGGCCACUUCUGUGAUGUGACGGUCCGCAUCCAUGGGAGCAUGCUGCGUGCCCACCGUUGCGUGCUGGCGGCUGGCAGCCCCUUCUUCCAGGACAAGCUGUUACUAGGCUACAGUGACAUUGAAAUUCCCUCUGUGGUCUCAGUCCAGUCAGUGCAAAAGCUCAUUGAUUUCAUGUACAGUGGCGUGCUGCGAGUCUCACAGUCAGAGGCCUUACAGAUCCUAACAGCAGCCAGCAUCCUUCAGAUCAAAACUGUGAUUGAUGAGUGCACACGGAUUGUGUCACAGAACGUGGGUGACAUCUAUCCAGUCAUCCAGGAUUCUGCCCAGGAGACACCUCGAGGAACUCCUGAAUCGGCCACUUCAGGGCAGAGCAGUGACACAGAAUCUGGCUACCUGCAAAGCCACUCACAGCACAGUGUAGACAGAAUCUACUCAGCUCUCUAUGCCUGUUCUAUGCAGAAUGGCAGUGGAGAGCGUUCAUUCUACAGCGGAGCAGUGGUCAGCCACCAUGAAACAGCUUUGGGACUGUCCAGAGACCAUCACAUGGAAGACCCAAGCUGGAUUACACGGAUCCAUGAGCGCUCACAGCAAAUGGAGCGGUAUCUCUCUACCACUCCAGAAACCACACACUGCCGGAAGCAACCACGACCAGUUCGGAUUCAGACUCUUAUGGGUAAUAUUCACAUCAAGCAAGAGAUGGAGGAUGACUAUGACUACUAUGGACAGCAAAGGGUACAAAUACUAGAGCGCAAUGAAUCUGAGGAAUGCACUGAGGAUACUGAUCAAGCAGAAGGCACUGAGAGUGAGCCCAAGGGGGAGAGCUUUGACUCUGGAGUCAGUUCCUCUAUCGGCACUGAACCUGAUUCUGUUGAGCAACAAUUUAUGGCUGGUCUAAGCCGAGAAGGUCAGCAAGAGACUUCCCAAGCAGAACAAAAUGAUACUUCUACUGAAGGCACUCAGCAGCACAUAGAUGCCAACUCUUCUUCACCAGACAGAGGCAAUGACAUUGAAAGGGACAACGCAGUGAUCACCAUUAAUAACAGUAGUGAAAAGGGGAUCUUGCAACCUUCUGUCACUACUACUGUUGCCCAACCAUUGCCAAGUACUCAACUAUACUUACGCCAGACAGAAACCCUCACCAGCAAUCUGAGGAUGCCACUGACCCUGACCAGCAACACCCAAGUCAUUGGCACAGCUGGCAACACCUACCUUCCUGCACUCUUUACUACACAGUCUGCUGGCAGUGGCCCCAAGCCUUUCCUCUUCAGCCUGCCCCAGCCCUUAGGUCAACAGACACAGUUUGUGACAGUGUCCCAGCCUGGUCUGUCAACUUUUACAGCUCAACUGCCAGCCCCACAGCCCCUGGCUCCUUCUGCAGGCCACAGCACAGCAGGUGGGCAGGGUGAAAAAAAGCCUUAUGAGUGUACCCUCUGCAACAAGACUUUCACCGCCAAACAAAAUUAUGUCAAGCACAUGUUUGUACACACAGGUGAGAAACCCCACCAAUGCAGCAUUUGUUGGCGAUCCUUCUCUUUAAAGGAUUACCUUAUCAAACACAUGGUGACUCACACCGGGGUCAGAGCCUACCAGUGCAGCAUCUGUAACAAGCGUUUCACCCAGAAGAGCUCCCUAAAUGUGCACAUGCGGCUCCACCGUGGGGAGAAAUCCUAUGAAUGCUACAUCUGCAAGAAAAAAUUCUCACACAAGACUCUGCUUGAAAGACACGUGGCUCUGCACAGUGCCACCAAUGGAACACCUAGCACAACAGGCACUGGUGCAAGGGCUCUCCCUGCUGGAGUGAUGGCCUGCACAGAGGGAACCACAUAUGUCUGCUCCGUCUGUCCAGCUAAGUUUGACCAAAUUGAGCAUUUUAAUGACCACAUGAGGAUGCAUGUUUCAGAUGGAUAAGUAAAGUCUGGUCUCUGUUUUGAACAACAUCAAAAU